CAACGAUGUUAUUUAAAUAGCGUUCGUCUACAUUGUGUUUUUUUGUGAAUAUUUGUGGUUUUAAUAAGUCAUUAUUGUGCCAGGAUUGUAAUUUAUUCGUGAUAAUGUUUCUUCAAUUUUCCCCUCCAAAAGCGGUAAAGAAGCAACCUGUAGUGAAAAAGAAGAUUCAAGAGAAAACUGAAAUCUUAUCAUUGGCCCCCUUCGCAGUCGUUCCGAAGUUAUAUUUCGAAGAUAUCCCCGUUGGAAACACCUCCACUUGCAAGCUGAUCAUAAGAAAUUCCACUGACCAGCAAUUAACGAUUUUUCUAACAAAAAAAUUACCUGCCGAUUUUAAUGUGACUUACAAUUGGGAGCAAAAGGAUAUAGAAGAGCACUCUGACGUUUUAUUUGAAUUAACAUGGCAUCCGAUUAGUAAGGAGAGUUCUUAUCAAAAAAUUUCGUUUGAAACCACAGAUGGAACACAGAGAAAUGUCCCGAUUAUUUUCAAAAGUGUACUACCUAAGAAAAAGAAUGUAGGAAAAACUAAACAAUUCAAAAAAUCUCCAACUAAAAAAUACUAUUCGCGGAAAUCUUCUAACGUUCCUACAAAACGGUACUCUUUAUCUCCCAACAAAAAUGCAACGGUUAAGAAAAAAGCAGUUUCAUCAUCACCAUUCAGCGAUAUCAAAACAGACCCUUGGGAUCCAUUUAUUUCUACAGUCAACAGGGAAUUUAAGGAACCCUUAGGGGUAAAUUUUGGGGAGAACAGAGAGAUAACUUUCCCAAAAGAAAUUGACAAACAUUUCGAUUUUGGACUGACAUCAACUCCCCAAAGAUUUAACCUAGACAUUCCUUCUCCAAUGCCGCAAAUUAAUCAAACAUCAUCUUUUGCAAAUUGGUUUCAGUCUGGAGAAUCUAAUAAGGAGAAUGUAAAUGUAGAGACUGCUGAUAGCCUCGAUGAAGUAUUUAACAACUCACUUAGUAGCCUUCGAGCGCCCCCAACUCCUCUCCUAAAACCUUAUCUUCAAAACAUACGUGAAGAAAAGUCGGAAACUUCCUUUGGUACAUAUUAUAGGCAAUGUCUCAAACCAAAAUCACCUACAACAGACUUUGAAUACAAAUUGCAACACCUUGAUUCUAUGUGCCUUUCAGAACCAAAAGAACUCUUUCAAAUGAAUCAAUGCAUUAGUGAGUCAAUGUUUGAGGAAACGCCAGAACAGAAGUCUAAUACUUACAUUAAAGACUCCACAUUCCGUACAUACGUGAAGGACAGCUCUUUUGGAUCAAUCUUCAGGAACCCUGCUAUCGUCUUAGAUGAGGCGAGUUUUAUGAACCCUUUGGAAGAGCUAAAUACCCAAGCAAAUGUUAAUUCGGACGGAAGACUAACAUUCUGCUUAGAUUACAAUGCUCCUUUUAAAAAAAUGAGGCAAGAUUUACGCGUCAACAAAACCAGAGGCCCAUCGAACUGGUCCAAAGCCGGAGACUCCGCUUUCAGAGUCCACAAGAGCACCACAGGCUUGAAGCUGAACAAAAAAGACGGCAGUAAGGAAGUAAAAUCUCUGUCUGUGGAAAAAACUUGUACUGCUACAACCAUAAAUCCGUUUUUAAUGGCUGCCAGCGGUUGCGAUCCAUUUCUAACGCAAACUUAUAUCAAUGAUGAAUGGGUUGCUCAGCAGGAAAAUAACUUCAAGAAGUGGCUGAACGCCCUCCUCACGCCGCCUCAAGAGUUCUCCUAUGAAGAUAAACCCAUCGAUAUCGCUAAAGUUUGGCAAGAGUGCAAGAAUAUGGACAUCGAAUCAGCUUCGAGUAAAGAAGAAGUGUCCAGUAAAUACCACGUGAAUUCCAAGCUGAUCGCCCUAAGAAAAUCGGCCAGGACUUUGUUCAAAUCCGAGGCUAUCAGUAAAAUUUUGCUGAAGGUUUCAGAAGCCGUGGAGAAAGGACGAUUGAGCGUGAGACAGGACAAGGACAUUUUCCUAAAUCUCACGACAAAGUCCGAGUUGAUGGCUCUCGUUUUGAGUUACACGCCCUUGUGGUUGCGAAUCGGACUGGAGACGGUCUACAACGAGACCAUUCCGCUCAAAUCAAAUUCGGACGUCGAAGGAUUGGGGAAUUUCAUCGUUAACAGACUGUUUAAAGAUCCGCUACUGUUGAGGCGAUACAAAUCCACUUACUCGCCGAAAUACGUUGAGAAUUUCAACAAGUUUUUCUUGAAAAAGUUCCUCACUCUGGUGUAUUUCCUGGACCAAGCGAAGAAUGGGAAGCUCAUCCAGCACGACCCGUGCCUCUUUCGUAGGGCUAGUAAAAUCAAAGAAACUAAAGGACUACUGGUGGUUUUAGCUAGAGAAGCGUUAGCAGGAGUCGGGGACAUAUCGAAGCAACUAAAACUGUAUGGAUAUGUAGUGACCCACGUGCAAACGUCCAUUCACGAAUUCGACUACACUGUAAACAUUUUGGGCGUAGAUUUACGGGAUGGCGUGCGCCUAACCAAAAUCAUGGAACUCAUUCUGAUUAAAAACGAUUUGAUGAACAACCUAAGAGUACCGGCUAUAUCCAGGUUGCAGAAAAUCCACAAUAUGAAAAUCGUCUUCGAAUGCUUGGAACAAGCCGGUUACAAAAUGCUCGGCGACAUUUCCCCGAAGGAUAUAGUCGACGGGCACAAGGAGAAAACAUUGUCUUUCUUGUGGCAGUUAAUUUACAAGUUCGAGGCUCCGCUAAUGGUUAAAAGCGCCACGACCAUUCAAACGUGGUUCAGGAGUCUGCCGGUGGCGUUGAAGAGGAGGAAAAUCGACCGGGCUUACAGGCAACGUUUGGACGCCGCUAAGAAGAUACAAAAAUGGUACAGGAGGCGAAUCCUCUCAAACAAACUACUGGCAGUCGUCGAAAUCAUCAGGCAAUUGCAGCACGAAAUUAAAUUGGAAAGAGCUGCAGCGACGAUUCAAAGAAGAUGGAUAGCUAAACGACUCAUGCUCAAAGAAAGAAGUAAUUACCUUCGAUUACGAGAAUCUUGCAUGUGUAUUCAAGUGAGAUGGAAGGCCAUGUUAUUACAGCGAGAGGAAAGGCGACGCUAUUUACUUUUGAAACGUUCUGCUAUUUUAAUCCAGCAGAAAUGGAGAGCUCAACAACUCAUGCUCAUCGAAAGGAAUGCUUAUGUUAACUUAAAAACCACCGUUGUUACGAUUCAACGUAGAUGGCGUAGCAACUAUUUAAUGAGAGAAGAAAGGGCACAAUAUCUUCGUACGAAGAAAGCCGUUACAACAAUACAACGGAAAUGGAGAGCUACUCGAUGCAUGCUCAAACACAGAAACGAUUUUAUUCGCCUAAAAAACGCCGCUACAUUGAUCCAGAAAAAAUGGUCAGCAGUACUGCAAGGUAGAAAGCAAAAGCAAGUCUUCAUGCUCUUGAAAUCCGCCACAAUUACCAUACAAACCGCAUGGAGAAACAGACAACUCGCUGUGAAAACAAGAAACGAUUACAUUACCCUACGAACUGCAGUUAUAACCAUUCAAACCAAAUGGAAAGCCGUGUUACUAGGAAGAAAAAUUAGAUCACACUUUUUGCUUACUAAACAAAAAGCUAUAGUAAUACAACAGUACUGGAAAUGUAGACAAUUAGCUGUUAAAUCCAGAAAUGACUAUUUGGAACUAAAGGAAGCUAGUGCAGUCAUCCAGAAAAGAUGGAGAGCUAAAUUAUUAGGAAGGAAAGAACUCGAACGUUUUAAGAACCUUAAACAAGCCACUGUAACCAUUCAACGAAUCUGGAGAGCCAAUCAACUCAUGAUUUCAAACCGAAAUGAUUAUAUUAAAUUAAGAAAUGCUACUUUAGUUAUCCAACGUCGUUUGAGAGCUAUGCUUUUAGGUAAAAAAGAAAGGCAUGCAUACAUUCAAUUAAAACAAUCCGCUAUUAUAUUGCAACAAAGGUGGACGGCUAGAAAGCUUAUGAUUAUCCAGAGAAAUUAUUACCACUUACUAUUAACAAAUGUUGUAAAAAUCCAGAGAAACCGACGAGCUAUAUGUGCAGGUAGAGAACAAAGGGAAGCCUUUUUAAAACUCAAACAAGCCGCUAUCACAAUUCAACAACAUUGGAGAGCUAGAGAAGCCAUGAUAAAUGAAACGAAACACUACAAUCUGUUGAAGAGAGCUACCAUAUUAAUUCAAAGAAGAUUUAGGGCUACCUUACUAAUGACAAAAGAGAAAAAUCAUUAUUUGCUUCUAAAAGAAUCGACUAUAUUAAUUCAAACUAAAUGGAGAGCUACUAAGUUAAUGUCUACCGAAAGGCAGAAAUACCUCACCAUUCGAAACGCAAUAAUUACCAUUCAAGCCCAUUGGAAAGCUAUACUAUUAGGAAAACAACAACAACAACAUUAUACACUUGUUAAAAAAUCUGUUAUAAUUAUCCAACGAAAAUGGAGGGCUACACAACUCAUGCACGAAGAAAGACAUCGAUACAUCCAAUUAAAAGCGUCCACUAUACGUAUCCAGCAAAUGUGGAGAGCCACGAUUUCCUAUAGAGAACAACGAACACUUUACUUGAGUUAUCAGAAAGCCGCCGUAAUAAUACAGAGGAGAUGGAGAGCCGCAAAAUUGAUGAUCGAAGAAAGGAACAAAUUUAUUCGUUUGAUAAAUUCCUGCGCUUUGAUCCAGAACAAAUGGAGAGCGACGCUUGCGAGCAGGGAAGAACGGAGGAACUUCCUGCUUCUGAAGCACGCCACCUCAUUCAUUCAACAGAAAUUCAGGAGUAAACAACUCAUGAUUAAAGAUCGAGACGAUUAUCUCCGAGUAAAACGAGCCGUGGCGAUUCUCCAACCCAAAUGGAGGGCUACAAUUUCUAGUAGAAAACAGCGAGCUGAGUUUUUGUCGCAGAAAAACGCCGCUAUAACGAUACAAAGAUGGUACAGAAAUUUCCUCCUCACCAAACGAGAACGCAGGGAAUACCUGCUACAGAAAGAGGCCAUUAUAGGCGUGCAGAAAAUCGCGAGGGGGUAUCUAAUAAGAAGCAAGUACUCGGAGUAUCUGUCGGAAGAGGCCAAAGCGAAGAGGAGGGUUGAACGUUUACAAGCACAGGCGGCUGUUAAAAUUCAAUCAUUUUGGAGAGGGUACACAGUGAGAUGUCGAAAUCAACCUAAACUAACUGAAAUAAGAAAGAGAUUUAAAAACGGUUUGCUCAAACCCAGCAAAACGUUAGAAAAUAAAUGCGAAUUCGCCGUAACAUCACUGUUGGGCAAUGUUCUCGGAUUAGAUGAUAUUCUAGCUCUACUGACGGAUAUAGAUUACGCUUCGAGAAGAUCGGAAAAGCUUUGCGUUUACUUGAGCAAUCGCAUUAAUGAAAAGCUGUAUACAUUGCUAUGUGUAGUAAACAGGUCGCUACCGGACACGCAGAUUAGCACGCUAUCCGUAAACAUUCUGAUUAAUUUCAACAAACUGGAGAGCACCAGGAAGGACAGUUUCCUCCCGAAGUACAUCGACCAACUGGUGGUGCUCAUGAUGAAUUUCUGCGACAAAGAGGCGCAAUUGUUCCCGUCCCUGUGCACUUUAAUGUGGCUGUUCGCCCGCACGCCCUCUUGGAAGAGGUUCAUCUUGAAUUUGCCCAACAUCCAGCAGAGGCUGAAGAGGAUCGAAGCGUUGGUGUUGCGGAAGAAGAACAUGGUGUCGCGACAGGCCGGCAAAAAGAGCUUCUUUGCAGCGCAGAAGAAUUUGUACGUUCCAUCGAACGUGCCCGAUUGGGGACUGGAGUACAAGAACAAACCUUAUAUAUUUACUAACUCCGUGCACGCGUUUAAUUGUCUCAUGGGCGUUUUAUUCGACUGAUUUUUAUUACGAUUGAUGCAACAGUAAUUUUAAGCUGUGAUUGUUGUUUUGUAAUUAUAUAUUUAAGCUAUUUUUUUAUUUAAUUGAUAGUAUUAAUAAUAUUAUUCUAAAAGGUUCAAUUUUUAUGUUGCUUUAAUAAAAU